AUCCACAGAAAUGCUUCCCUGCUUCUGCCCUGCCAAGUCUGUUUCUCUUCAUGAAUCCUAAGGGUCUCAGCAGAAGUCCAAGAAGGGAGCAUGGACCAGCCCAGUGGAAGGAGUUUCAUGCAAGUUCUUUGUGAGAAAUACAGCCCUGAGAACUUCCCGUAUCGCCGUGGGCCUGGCAUGGGGGUGCAUGUCCCAGCAACUCCACAGGGCUCCCCCAUGAAAGACCGCCUCAACCUCCCCAGCGUGCUGGUGCUGAACAGCUGUGGCAUCACCUGUGCAGGGGAUGAGAAUGAAAUUGCUGCCUUCUGUGCCCACGUCUCUGAGCUGGACCUUUCUGACAACAAGCUGGAAGACUGGCACGAGGUCAGUAAAAUUGUGUCCAACGUUCCCCACUUGGAGUUUCUAAACUUGAGUUCCAACCCUCUCAGUUUGUCCGUUUUAGAGAGAAGUUGCGCCGGGUCUUUCGCUGGUGUUCGCAAACUUGUGCUCAACAACAGCAAAGCUUCCUGGGAAACAGUCCACACCAUCCUGCAGGAAUUACCAGACUUGGAGGAGCUCUUCCUGUGCCUUAACGACUAUGAAACAGUGUCUUGUUCUCCAGUUUGCUGCCAGUCUCUCAAAUUACUCCACAUAACUGACAAUAAUCUUCAAGACUGGACUGAAAUUCGAAAAUUGGGAAUUAUGUUUCCAUCACUGGACACCCUUAUUCUGGCCAACAACAACCUCACGACCAUCGAAGAGACAGAAGAUUCCCUGGCAAGGCUGUUCCCCAACCUGCGAUCCAUCAAUUUGCACAAGUCAGGUCUGCAUUGCUGGGAAGACAUUGACAAGUUGAAUUCUUUUCCCAAGCUUGAGGAAGUGAAAUUGCUAGGAAUCCCUUUGCUGCAGUCCUACACCACGGAGGAACGCAGGAAGCUGCUAAUAGCCAGGUUGCCCUCCAUCAUCAAGCUCAACGGGAGCAUCGUUGCUGAUGGGGAACGAGAGGACUCGGAGCGGUUCUUCAUCCGGUAUUACAUGGAAUUCCCAGAGGAGGAAGUCCCAUUCAGGUAUCACGAGCUGGUCACGAAGUAUGGGAAGCUGGAGCCCUUGGCAGUCGUGGAUCUUCGGCCACAGAGCAGCGCGAAGGUGGAGGUUCACUUCCAGGAUAAGGUGGAAGAGAUGUCGAUCCGUCUCGAUCAGACUGUGGCAGAGCUGAAGAAGCACUUAAAAACUGUGGUGCAGUUGUCCACGAGCAACAUGCUGCUCUUCUACUUGGACCAGGAAGCUCCUUUUGGGCCCGAGGAGAUGAAAUACAGCUCGCGAGCGCUGCACUCCUACGGCAUCCGGGAUGGAGAUAAAAUUUAUGUGGAGCCCAGGAUGAAAUAACCUCUUGUGGCCUGGGGGGAUGCACACCCGUGCACACCCACCCCCCCCCACACACACACACCCACACACAUGCAUCAAGGAGUUUUUGGCAAAGGUUUUUCUUUCGGUCGGUUGGUCGAGGUUUGGUUGCGUUUUCUGUAGCAGGUAAUUUCUUAGCCCAGAGGAAGUGCCCUGAUCUGAGAACCAUGCCCACCACCCACUGCAGGUGACCUUGAGGUGACCACGGACUUCAGUGCGUGUGUUUCAGUGUGUGCAAUACCUUGAUGGGUUCUCCAAUGCUCCGGGAUACUCGUGAUUUGGCAGGAAUGGUCAGUUGUUCAAGCUAAAGAAUGCUAGGGUCCAUAGGGGAGAAGACAGCUCAGUGCAGAAUUGACCUGGUUUUGGGGGUUUUCUUCUAAUUUUGGGGGAUUUUGGCUCCACCAGAGCACCCUUUGGCCUAGCUGUCUGACCAUGGCUCGAGCUCACUGGAGUGUUUUUUUUCAGCAGGGUGCUGUCUCCAGCCUUCUGUUGUGCUCGAGUUCACUGGCAGGUUCUCAGACAGUAUUCAGAGCUCAGGUACUUGGUGCAUCCACUUCACUCCACUGGUUUGGUUGGUGUGAGUGCACAAAAUGGGGGAAAGAAAGAAAGAACCAGUUUACUUUCAGAACACGUGCUCUGUGUCCACACUGUCCUAUUCUGAUUUUUUUUUGGGGGGAAGAAGGGUUUUUCUUUCUGUACCCCAUUUCACACAGUGUCUGCAACCUUGUCUUGGAGGCUGGGGAGACCCUUGCUGUGUGUGUUGCAGCGUGGAUUUGGGAAGGUGGUGGGUGGGCAAGGUGUUGGAAGGGCUUUUAGAGUUGCAGGUCACAAAGAGGUUGAAGAGCAGAUUCCCCUGCAGGCCGUGACCCAUCCCUGAGAUGCUGAAAAGCUCCUCCAGCACUCACUGAACCUUGGGCCAGUUGGUACCAAAAGUGGAAUGGCUCAAAUUGCUCUCUUGAGAGAGAAGGGGAGUAAAGUGGAAGUUCAGAUUUGUUGCUGUUGCACCAGAAAUGAAACCUAGCACUUUCCCAGGGGGCCCCUGGCUGGGGAUCCCUGCUUAGGGUCCAAACUAGGAGAAUGUGUUGGCUCAGAUCAGCUUCUAGAUGAGUAACAAAGCAACUAGACUCACAUUUAUUGUAAAGCAGGUUUUCACUGUCUAUAUUGGCUUCCCCCCACAUGCACCUGUAGGCAUCGUGUGCUGCUGCUUAUAUUAGCCCCUGUUUUCUACUGCAGAGCAGGUUCCCCUUCUUGUGAGAUGAAAACCUCCUUCCUUUAUCUCUUGUUUCACUUCCCUGUGUCCUCCCUUGUUCCUCUGUCCCCCUGACAAGUUGGAAGACCUUGCAGAUUACCUAGUUAUAAGCAGCUGCAUAAAAGUUGUUGAAGCUGUGCAGUGAGGGCUCUAGUUACACGUGAACUUCUGACCUUAAUUUUGCAAUGCUCCUUUAUCCCCUCGUGCACUUUCUUUCCCAUGAUGCUUUUGUCCACAUCACCGAGCUCCUUUUAUAUCCUUGGAGUUGUGUGUGUCUCUUCAUAUUUUACCUAGAUAGUGGGGUGGGUGUAGGUCGGGGAGGGGACAAAGUAUUAUCUCAUAGUCUUCAGGUUCAGGAUGUGGGAACCAUUUGGAGGGGAUUAGUUCUGCAUCCGUAGUCAUGACUAUAAAUGGGAGGAUUUUAGACAAGUUAGUAAUUUGUGCCUCAUCCCUCUGCCAAAAAAUCUCCAUCUCCUGGCCCCGUGGAGCUGAGCAAUGGGAAAUGGAGCAAGACUUGCAUGGAGGCUGCAGCAGGUGGCUGCAGAGCCACGGUGGAGCAAAAGAGCAGGGAGAUGGUGGCAGUGUAACAUAAAAUGAUGCUUUUCUAAGCUAGAGCUUUACUGAAGAUGUAUUUUCCACGUGGGCAGUGAAAGGCAUUUGCUGCCCUACAGUGGAACCCUUAAGCCAACACUUCUGUAUGAUAUAUACAUACCUAGGCAUAGGAAAAGUUGUGUUUAAUAAGAUAUUUUGUUAUAAAGCAAAGUUUUAUGAAGAUAUGGUUGUUUAAUAUUAGAAGCUUAUUUCUCCCUUUGACCCCCCCCAGUUGCAGUAGGUUAUCCCUCAGUGGCUGCAGUGUCAGAGAUAAGGGGAUGCAAAAGUAUCUCUGACCUAAUCCUAUGGAGCAGUGAUCACCUCUGUGGGUUUAUUUAUUGUAACUGGUAAUAAUGAGAUGCUGUAACUCUUGACCAGCUUCCUCAGCACAAUUAAAUGUCUCGGUUUCAGAGAAGGAAAUAAACACAGACCAUUGAAUGGGGUGUUAAAGAAGACCCAAGCAUCUGCUAUUAAUUCUGUUCACCCACGGAAGGCGAGCGUGGCCGCGGAGGGGACGGUGCUCUCACCACACCAGCUCAGAUCUGUCAGGAAAUCAUGUUUUGUUCAUGGUGGACCUGGUGGGAACUGGAAGAUGGAAAAAGAGGACACCUCCUGGCACGUGAGGUUGAUAAGCACCAUGUAGCUGCUGGGGAUGGGAAUUUGGUGCUAACAUCCAAACCAGCUCUCCUGGUCCUUUCCGGUCAGCAAACAUCACGAUAUGAAUAUCAGCACCUUGUCACUUUGGGGGAAGGUUGCUUCUCCACCGUGUUCUCAAGCCACGCACCUUCUGCGUGGGUAGCAGGGCACUGGUGGGGUGAAAACCAACAAUCCUGGUUGGCUUCCCGAGGACAGAGAGUGGCAUCCAAGUUCUGGAGACAGUUUGUGUGUCCAGAUGAUUUGACUCUGAAAAACGGGGCCAAGCGGUGCACAACUGAUGUGCAAAAUAUCCUGGGUUGGCUCAGUUUCCUUUUGUGAUGCCUUUUGGGAAAGGGUGUGCCAGGUUGCUGCUUAGCAGGGGACUGUGUCCUGGGGAGAAAGGGGGAGGGCUCUGAGUGAGAGAGGGCAUUUGGGGCCAGUGGUGGGUGCCUAGAAGCCAGGAGGGUCCUGAGAGGGCAAGUGAUUUGAUUCAAAUGGAUGUGAUAUCACAAGGGUGUGUGUCCUGGUGUUGCUGGGUUAGCAGAAGGUCCCUGGUUCUGUCACAUUCCUUUGACAAAAUGAAAUAGCUGUGCAAGCUUCUCCAGCUUUUGUGUCCUGUCUGAGGGCUGCUUGUGUCAAGAGCUGUGGUGCUGUUCGUGCUCCUCCUCGCAUACAGGUCUGCCCCCGGGCAGUCUAGGCAGUGGCAGAGCACCUGGUUUGGAAGGCAUCAGGUGACAGCUACAUACCAAAGUGUCACACGGCUCCGUGUGUUGAGGUGAGAUGCCGUGCAGUCGAGUUGUUGCAUCCUUUCCUUUUGAACCCCCUAGUUUUGAUGUUUCAGGCAGAUCUCUUUACUGGCACCAUUAGGAAGAUGCGCGGCAGGGUGACCGUUCCCUUGGUGGGAUUCCCAGCCCCUGUUUCUGGGAGCUGGACACAUCCUGGUGGCAGAUGACAGUGCAGCCCACAGUGGCUUGGAGCAGCUCAGAGGAGCUGUGCCAAAUAGCACUCGUUGCUCCAGAGCCUCUGGUUUUGCCCUCACCUACCUGGGUCUGCAAUCCCAAGAAGGCUCUGCCAGUUUUGCUUGUAAAUGAGAUUCUGCAGGUUCUGUUAGUGUGGGGAUUUAAAAAUGCAAACGAGGUGCUGAAAGCAGCCUGCAGGCUAAAAUAUGUAUUACUGGCAGCUCUGCCUCCCUCGCAGGAAUGUGGUGCUUUGGUAGGUGGUUAAGAGACACCUUCCCCAGAGCAGCAUUAGAGGGGCUUUAGCCAUCUCGGGCCUUUGCCUCUGUCAUUUCUUUUCCGCAGUUCCCGGAAAACUUUAAUUUAAACAUGAAGGUCUAUUCUUGCUCCCUGUUAAUGAUGCAUCCAUGUGUAAUUUUAAAGUAAAAGGAAGAACUCUUAAGUCCAUCUGCUUUUUUUAUUCUGGUUUCUCUCAAGGGGAGUUACACUUCCCUCUCCCACAUUUUGCCUUGGGUUUGCUCGCGGACUUUGCAGUGGAAUUCAGGCCAAGUAGGUAAUUGGUUUGGAUCAGUUCAAUAAACUUAUGUAAGUUUUUACACGAGAAAA